AUGAUUAAUACACUCUUGGAGAAUGGCGCCAAUGCCUACAUGCCUGGCUGUAGUGGAAUGUUUGCUAUUCAUGUGGCCUCGUUAAAUGGUUAUGUUGACUGUGUAAAGAAACUUUAUAGUGCCAUGCAGGAUUUUGAUAUCAACAUGCCAGAUGAUAAUGGACGCACCUGCCUGCAUGCUGCUGCCUGUAGUGGUAAUGUCGACUGUGUGGAAUUGCUGUUGUCAUAUGGGGCCAAUGAAGUAGCUCUGGAUAAUGAAGGAAGGACAGCCUUACACUAUGCAGCAGCACACAUUCACCAGCAAUGUGUUCAAUCUCUGAUAAAUGCUGGAGUCGACAUUAACCUCCAAGACAAGCAAGGAUGCACUGCGUUACACUUUGCAUCGGCAGCUGAUGCUGACGCCAAGGUGGUUGAGUUACUUUUGAAAUAUGAGGCCAAGCCAGGAUUGCGGGAUCGAAAUGGCUACAAUGCAGUCCAUUAUGCUGCAUUAAAAGGACACAAAUUGGCCCUGGAAAUGCAGGUUACGUUUGCAUUCGUUGCCUGUUUUCGGGUAUUUUAUCUCCAUCUCUCCCCUCUCCAUCUCUCCCCCUCUCCAUCUCUCCCCCUCUCCAUCUCUCCCCCUCUCCAUCUCUCCCCCCCAUCUCUCUCCCCUCCUCCCUCUCCAUCUCUCCCUCCAUCUCUCCCCCUCCUCCCUCUCCCCUCUCCCCCCCCCUCCCUCUCCCCCUCUCCCUCUCCCCCUCUCCUCCCCUCCCCCCUCUCCCCUCCCCUCUCCUCCCCUCCCCCUCCUCCCCUCCCCCCUCCCCCCCUCCCCUCCUCCCUCCCCCUCCUCCCCUCUCCCCCUCCUCCUCCCUCCCCUCUCCUCCCUCCCCCCUCCUCUCCCCUCUCCCCUCUCCCCUCUCCCCCCUCCUCCCUCUCUCCCCUCUCCCCUUCUCCUCCUCUCUCCCCCUCUCCUCCUUCUCCCCCUCUCCUCCCUCUCCCCUCCUUCUCAUCCCUACAUCCGUUUCUUCCCUCCACUUCCCCCUCCCUCCUCCAUAUCCUACUUACGAAAUGA